AGAGAGGGGAAAGAGAGCUUCUGCCAUGGAACAGUAUUAGCACGGGCAUUUAGUAUACAUGCAGUUUUUAAGAGUAUAAAUGAAAAUAUGUCAAACACUGACACCUAGUGGACAUCUUAUUAUAUUAACUCUAGUCUGCUUCAGCCUUUGCACACGUCACUCAGAAAACAGGAAGCUGACAAGAGGAGAUACUGAAACACACAGGCUUAAAGAAAACAUUACAUUUAAUAGGAAAACAUCCAACUGGAUUGUGUGAUAAUUGUCAGGAGGAGGAAUCAGUUGAACAUGUUUUAUGUUGCUGCAAGAAAUUCAUAAUAGAAAGAGAAAUAUUAAAGAAAGAAAUUAUAAAACAAAACUUUUCAGAAAUCAGCGUAAAAAUUAUACUUGGAAACGAUAACAAUGAAAGUUUAGUGAAAUAUCUAAGGAAAACAGGAUUAAUUAACAGGAUUUAAAAGAAUAAAGAUGUAGGUAAAUGUUAAUAGGAAAAAAUUAUUUAUUUUUUUUGAGGUGAAAAACUCAGGCUCACACUCCAGUACAGUAGGUGGCGGUAAUGCACCAAAAGUUGGUUGCCGACUGCCAUAAAACAGCAAAGAAGAAGAAGAAGGAGGAGAUACUGAAGUAUAGCUGCUGUGUGUUUGCGUCUCUCUUCAUUCACAGAGUGAAAUGGCCGAAGCCAGAAUUUCUCAGGAUGAGUUCACUUGUCCUGUGUGUCUGGAUCUCCUGAAGCAUCCAGCGGCCAUUCCCUGUGGCCACAGUUACUGUAAGAGCUGCAUUACGGACUGCUGGGAUCAGGAGGAGGAGAAGGGAGUCUACAGCUGCCCUCAGUGCAGACAGACCUUCAGUCUCAGACCCGCGCUAGCUAAAAACACCAUCCUGGCUGAAGUGGUGGAGAAACUGAAGAAGACCAAACCUCCUGCCGACUGUUGUGCUGGAGAUGUGCCGUGUGACGUCUGCACUGGAGGAAAAUACACGGCUGUGAAGUCCUGCCUGGUGUGUCUGAGCUCCUACUGCGAGUCUCAUCUCGAACAACACGAGAGUUUAUUUAAAGGGAAGAGACACCGUCUGACUGAAGCCACUGGACGACUGCAGGAGAUGAUCUGCCAUGACCAUGACAAGCUCCUUGAGGUUUUCUGCCGCACGGAUCAGAAGUGUAUAUGUCUGCUGUGUACGAUGGACGAGCACAAAAACCACGACACAGUCUCAGCUGCAGCACAGAGGACAGAGUCGCAGAAGCAGAUGAAGGAGACACAGAGCAAGAUCCAAGAGAGAAUCCAGCAGAGAGAGAGAGACCUCCAGCAGCUGAAGGAGGCUGUUGAGUCUCACAAGCGCUCAGCACAGACAGCGGUCGAGGACACGAAGAGGAUCUUCACUGAGCUCAUCCAGCACAUUGAGAGAAGCCGAUCCGAGGUCACUCGGCAGAUCCGAGAUCAGGAGAAAUCUGCCGUGAGUCGAGCUGAAGAAGGACUGGAGCGGAUGCAGCAGGAGAUCAAUGAGCUGAGGAGGACAGACGAGGAGCUGGAACAGCUUUCAGAAAUACAGGAUCCCGUUCAUUUUCUGCAGAAUUUCCAGACUCUCUCUGCAUCUCCUAAAUCUACAGCUGUAACUGACAAUCCCUUAAGAUUUCUCAACUCUUUUGAUGGCAUGAGAGAAUCUAUCCAACAGCUGGGGCAGACACUGCAGAAUUUGUGCAGAGAGGAGCUCCAAAAGACCUCUGGCAAGUCCUCGGUCACCAACACUAUUCCCAAGACAAGAAAGGACUUCUUACAAUACUCCCUUCAGCUCACUCUGGAUCCCAAUACAGUGAAUGAACACCUUCAUCUUUCCAAUGGAAACAGAGCGGUUAAUGGUUCUCUUAAAGCGUGGCCGUAUCCCGAUCAUCCAGAGAGAUUUGAAGAGUUACAGGUGUUGUGCAGAGAGAGUGUGUGUGGACGCGGCUACUGGGAGAUCGAGUGGAGAGGUGAUUAUGUGUCUAUAGUCGUGUCAUAUAAGAGAAUCUGCCGGAAGGGACCAGGUCGUGAACAUUAUUUUGGUGGUAAUGACCUAUCCUGGAGUUUGGAGAGCUCUAACUACGAAUACACUUUCAGGCACAAUAAUAUAGAGACUGAGCUUCCUGCUAAUCCCCUCUCCUUAUGCCAUAGAAUAGGAGUGUUUGUGGAUCACAGUGCAGGAACUCUGAUCUUCUACAACAUCUAUAGAGACACAAUGAGCCUCAUCCACUCAGUCCAGACCACAUUCACUGAGCCGCUCUAUCCUGGGUUUUGGGUUUAUUCAGUUGGGACAUCAGUAAAACUGUGCUGAUGAAUUAUAAUAAAUUAGCAAGAGAUUAAACCCAUAAUCCACUGCAGGAUCAGCCAGUAACAGUGAGAUGAAAAGACUCCAGAGCAUCUCACUAACACUCAUGCUGAACAUUUGUCACUGUAAUAAGAAUCACUGCAUUUGACUUCAUGCCGGCUAGAAAUUCGGUCUGAAUUGACUGUAACGUGGCCAUCAAAGUAAAAAUGGAGUUAACUUGUUAACAAUGGUUCGGUAGCGGAACCACGUCUCACUUUGUCUCCUUAACCAAUCACCUACUGCCCAAAAACUUCAGGCAGACCAGCCCUCUAGCACUGUUCAACUCGUUCUCUCAAACCCAUCCUCCCUUCAUUUCCACGCUUUCUUUUAACAAUCCUAUAACCCUGUCUUGUCACCUAGGUGGAAUUGGGGGGUCCUAUCACUCUACCAAAAUAAUACAGAGAUGGUACCCCAAACUCUGAGUUUCAGGGCAUCAACGAUCAACCUACCCACCUGUUUACUGUUUAUCCUCUUACUUCCCUUCCCCUUCAUCCCACUGUUCCCCUACCAUCCCUACAAUAAAGUCUAGCUCAAAAGUGUGGCAUGGUCCAUGCUGGUGAAAUAAUUGUUAAUGAACCAAGAUUGUCUGAACAAGCUCUGAAUGUAACCCUCUGAAUAAAAACCAGAGCACCCGAAGGAAACAUGGGGAGAACAUGCAAACUCCACAAGGAAAUGGCAAGGCUCAAUCCUUCUUGCUGUGAGAAUACGCCACAGCAUCGCCAACGGCAGAUUACAAAGUGUUAACGCCUUUAUUAAACUUCUCAUGUGAAUGUUUACGUUCUAAUAAAAACUCCUGUGAUAAACAA